AUGGGGGCGUGUGAGGAUAUUGUGGAAGGGACUCGAGAUGGAGGUGGGAAAGGAGGGGAAGGCAAUGACUUCGGGAGAAUGACAAUGUUUUAUGAAAGUGUCAAAUCUCAUACACUAUCUUUUAAUUCUGAAGAAGGUUCUGAACUGUCAAAAAUCUCCAAAUAUCCAUUUAAUCAGGCGGCUUCACACCAGAGAAAGAACAUUCUUCGCGAUAUUGACCAGGCAGGAUGGAAUGCGAUUUUAAUAACGAGUCAUACAUUCUUCCUCGUUGCAGGCUUGCGUCUAAUGGCUCUGGAGGUUCCGCAGCUCGUGGUGUCAGGAGAAGAGACGACAUUGACGUGCGUCUUUGACCUAGAAGACGACACACUUUACUCACUCAAAUGGUACAGAGACGACAUGGAGUUCUUCCGAUAUGUGCCCAGCGACAAACCCCCCAAUCAGUUCUUCCCGUUGCAGGGAUUAGAUAUAGACUUUGGUCGCUCGAGUAACGGAACGGUUUAUAUCAAGGGAGUGGAUGAAACAACGGCAGGGAACUACAAAUGCGAAAUAUCUGCAGAUUUACCAUCCUUUCAAACAGUAUCUGCGGAAAAGACGCUCACAGUAACAGUUGUAAAUGACAGUGCACGACUUCCAGACCCCAGUCUUCUAGCGGCGAGUUUCACACUCUUGUUCUUGUGCCAUUUCACCGUCUGGUGAUGAACUUUCAACCUCAUCCAGACUUUGAACAAUGUUUCUUUAGGGGACUGGAAAAAAAACACUUUUUUCCACCGUCUGUGUGUGCGUGCAUCUCAUUCUCUUGCUGGAACUUCCAAAGUGGCCUUCAUACACAGAAUGCUUAAGGACGUCUUUACGAACAGGAAGACUCGAGGACGAGAUAGUUCGUUCGUAAAGUUAAAGAGAUGACUCUUGCAAAAAAUCAUAUCAAAAACUUCCCAUGCUCAUGACUGCAUCCUGUGGUGUGUGUAAUCUAUUACAAAAGACCUAAUCUCUGGUUCAGAACAACACUUCAAGACUCCUUCGUGGCUUUAGUUUUUAUCGUUUCGAUUUAUAAACUUUUGAUAAAUGUUUCACAGUUCCUGAUAGUCGUAACUAAAAAAAAAGUUAUUUUAAAAAUCAUGGACCAAAAAGAAGUUAUGUUUACUAUCUAUUGAAUGGAGGCUUUAAAUCCGUAUUUUAAGUUGGUAACUCUGUGUAAAUAUUUAAAACUCACGCAUUGAAUUAUAUAAUUUACGCAAAUAUCUUAACGGAAUAUGAAAACAUCGCUUUACAUGUCAUUCUUGAUUCUCAAAGCACAUUUUUCAUUUAUUUUAUAAAAAUGUUUAGGAAAAGGAACUUUAAGGGCAACUAUUAAAUUCCCUAAUAUCUAAUAAUAGAAUAAAGAAAGUGUUUUUUUAAUUGCCGAAGCAGAAUAAGAUUUCAAAGUUGGAAGAAACUAUUUUUCGAAAAGCUAGUUCCAGAAGAAAGUACUGUGCGUUAAGGUUAGCAAUUUUCGGUUUGCUAACUCUUCCUUUCCCGUUUUGUUCUCUGCUACAUAAUUUAUAUUACCUAUCUAAAAUCAAACAUUUUCAAAAAGUAACAGUCUAAUUCCUUACUCACUGAAAUUUUAAUUGCACUAAUUGUGUUACAGUUCCUUCAGAAUAUUUUGUAGGAAGAUAGAGUUCUUGACCUACUCAAACGAAACUUCACCAGUAAAAUUCUGAUGUUACAUCGCAAUAAAAUAAAUUAAAAUGUUUUUUUUUUUUUAUGUUUGGUAUAUUUUUUAAGAAAAACAUCUGGUUCAGCAUGAUGUUAAGUCCUGAUAUUUUGCUAAAAGAAAACAUUGUAAAAUUAAAGAGGAACAUAACUUUCCUGAAAAGAUAAACAUUGAUAUAGAUAUUUUGAAUAAAAGAAAGUGGUUGUAAUUACAGAUUGCAAAUUUUAGAUUACAU